AUGACUUCACAAAUGAUACGUGGUAACGUACCAGUGCAGCAGAUGGCUCCUCAACCAAUACUACCCAGCGAUCAGGACGCUUUGAUACGAACCCUGAAUGACGUCAGUCAAAGGGACGACGUUAAAUUGAAAGCUGUCCAGGAUGCUUGGAGCAAGUUCGAUGCGUUCAGCGUCACGCCCACUUUUGAUCAAUUCCUCGAUAGCCUGAUGAGGGCUUUUUUGAAACUUUUCAGUGAAACGGUACCGCAGUUCAUUGUGGAAAAUAAUACUCAGGUAUGCUUCGUGUAUCUUGCUCUUGCG